UUCACGUGUGUUAACAACUGCACUGGAAACGUUUAGUCUCCAAGGAAAUAAUGGGCAAUUGCAGAAUCAUUAGCUUUAUUGUGUUUUUAUUCACAAUUUUACAGUUUUCUUACCUCAUAGAUGUACAAGGCGGUGGUUUAGACACAGAGCCAGUGGUGUUCUGCUACUAUGGUUCAUGGGCCACAUACCGGCCCGGCAUUGCACAGUUUGAUGUGGAGCACAUCAACGCAUCAUUGUGUACUCACAUCAUCUACACUUUCAUGGGACUAAAAGAUGGCGUGAUUGUGUCUCUUGAUGAAUACAACGACUAUGAAGAGAACUGGGGAAAAGGCUCACUUAGGAGGUUUGCUAAUUUUGCAAAGACUAAUGGCCUCAGGGCAAUACUUGCCAUUGGUGGUUGGAAUGAAGGUUCUGUCAAAUACUCUGAGAUGGCUGAAUCAGAAGUUGGAAGGAGCACUUUUGCUGACAGUGUUGUCACCUUCGUGAAGAAGUAUAAUUUUGAUGGCCUGGACUUGGACUGGGAGUACCCCACCCAACGUGGUGGAACUCAUGAAGACAAGGAGAACUUCUCAUUGCUACUGGAAGUGCUAUCAGACAAACUACAUGCUGAAGGGCUGCUGCUCACUGUAGCUGUGUGUGCUGAUCCUGAUAUUGCAAAGGAAGGCUAUGACUUUCAAAAAGUGGGACAGUAUGCAGACUAUAUCUCCCUCAUGAGCUUCGACUACCAUACAGCUACCUCAGAUAAUGUGACGGCGCUUAACUCUGCUCUACACAAACUGCCAGGGGAAACUGGUGAUGAUGCCACACUGAAUGUGGAGUACAGCGUGAACCAGUGGCUCAAUGGAGGAAUUCCUGCAAAGAAGCUGCUUGUGGGCAUACCUCUGUAUGGCCGAACAUACAUCCUUGCAGAUGGUCAAAACCAUGGACUGGGUGCUAGUAUCAUUGCCAAUGGUACUGCUGGUCCAUAUACACGGGAGCCCGGAUUCCUCUCCUAUUAUGAGAUAUGCAUGGUAAAAGAGUGGAAUGUUGUGACGGAUGGUGCACAAGGAUAUCUGUACGCUUACUAUGAUGACAACUGGGUCAGCUAUGAUGAUGUCAACACUGUCACAGCAAAGGCUCAGUUCAUCAGGGACAAGGGCUUGGCUGGAAUAAUGGCUUGGGCCUUAGAAUCUGAAGACUUCUGCAACAACUGUGGCGAAGGAGCAAAUCCCCUUCUCACAGCAGCCAAUAAAGUGCUGGGGCGCCUGUGAUGUAACAAUGAAAAUAACUAUUCUCCGAUGACAGAGGCUGGGUCAUGGAACCAUACAGCUUACUCUCUAAAAUAAAAACUUAACAAACCUUUUCAUGUAAGUACUUACAAAAAUAGCCACAAAAAAUAAUAAAACACAUUAAUAUUCAGCAUCAACUAAUAUGUGGGAAUUUUGUUUACAUUUGUACAUGUCUAUAGAGAACUUUAAAAAUGUCUGCCCAGUAUCGUGACCCCCAUUGCCUGAUAUAAUGGCUCCUACUUGAAAUGCCACAGCAGCUCUCUAUAUAUGAAUACCAGUACAUACACUGUGUUUCUCAAUGUACUGUGCACACAAGCCUCAUCAGUCCUCAAUUAUUCUCUGUGGACUAUAGGCUCAUACACC